AACCAUCAAAAGCCGUCUUUGCUACUUGAUCUGAUCGAUUCGAAUCGAUCGAUGGCGGUGCUGAAGGCGACGAGCACGACGGCGGCGGCGACCACCAAGCUUGGGCCGGCAGCGUGCGAGAAGGAUGCGGAGAAGUUAGCGUUCAUCGAAGAGAUGACGGCGAACGCCGACCAGGUGCAAGAGAGGGUGCUGGCGGAGAUCCUGACGCAGAAUUCCGAAACGGAGUAUCUGCGACGGUACGGCCUCAACGGCGCCGCCGACCGCGUCACGUUCAAGUCCAAGAUUACGAUGGUCACGUACGAGGACCUCCAACCGGAGAUCCAGAGGAUCGCCAACGGGGACCGCACCGCCAUCCUCUCCGGCCACCCCAUCUCGGAAUUCCUAACGAGUUCGGGGACGUCGGCCGGCGAGAGGAAGCUGAUGCCGACAAUCCAAGCAGAGUUGGACCGGCGGCAACUCCUCUACAGUCUUCUCAUGCCUGUUAUGAAUCUGUACGUUCCGGGAUUGGACAAGGGGAAGGGGCUCUACUUCUUGUUUGUGAAGUCUGAGAGCCGAACGCCCGGCGGCCUGCCGGCUCGGCCGGUGCUCACAAGCUACUACAAGAGCGACCACUUCCGUUCGCGGCCGUUCGACCCCUACAACGUCUACACGAGCCCCACCGCUGCUAUCCUCUGCGCCGAUGCCUUCCAGAGCAUGUACGCGCAGAUGCUCUGCGGCCUCAUCGACCGCCUAGCCGUCCUCCGCGUCGGGGCCGUCUUCGCCUCCGGCCUCCUCCGAGCCAUCCGCUUCCUCCAGCUCCACUGGCGCGACCUCGCCGCCGACAUCUCUUCCGGCGUCCUCACCCCCAGGGUCACCGACCCGGCCAUCCGUGAGGCGGUGGGGGAUCUCCUGAGGCCCGACGCGACCCUCGCGGAGCUCAUUGAGGCGGAGUGCGCGGGCGGCGACUGGGCCGGGAUCGUGAAGCGGAUCUGGCCCAAUACCAAGUACCUCGACGUGAUCGUGACAGGAGCGAUGGCGCAGUAUAUUCCGACGCUAGAAUACUACGGCGGCGGGAUGCCGAUGGCGUGCACCAUGUACGCCUCCUCGGAAUGCUAUUUCGGACUCAACCUCCGGCCUAUGUGCAAACCGGGCGAGGUUUCCUACACCAUCAUGCCUAUGAUGGGUUACUUCGAGUUCCUCCCCCACGAGGAAGGUUCCUCCGUCGGUGGCGCAGCACUGCCGCAGCUCGUCGACCUGGUCGACGUCGAGGUCGGCAAGCAGUAUGAGCUGGUCGUCACCACCUACGCCGGCCUUUGCCGCUACCGCGUCGGCGACAUUCUCCAGGUGACGGGGUUUCACAAUGCGGCGCCGGAGUUCCGGUUCGUGCGGCGGAAGAACGUGCUGCUGAGCAUCGAGUCGGACAAAACGGACGAGGCGGAGCUGCAGGGGGCGGUGGAGCGGGCUGCAGCGCUGCUGCGGCCGUGGGGGGCGACAGUGGCGGAGUACACUAGCCAGGCGGACACGAAGGCCAUCCCUGGGCACUACGUCAUCUACUGGGAGCUACUGAUGAAGGAAGGAGAAGGAGAAGGAGAAGGAGAAAGGGGGCGGUUGCCACCGGCGGAGACGCUACGAGCGUGCUGCCUGGAGAUGGAGGAGGCGAUGAACACUGUGUACCGGCAGAGCCGGGUGGCGGACGGCUCCAUCGGGCCGCUGGAGAUCAGGGUUGUGCGUGCAGGCACCUUCGAGGAGCUCAUGGACUACUCCCUCUCCCGGGGCGCCUCCAUUAACCAGUACAAGGUGGCACGCUGCGUCACCUUCCCUCCCAUCAUCGAGCUCUUGGACUCCAGGGUUGUGGAGGCCCACUUCAGCCCCUCCUGCCCAAAGUGGGCCCCCAUUAACAACUAGCUUGUGAUUUCCAUGUUCAAUCAGUAGUCUCUCGUGAAGUGUAAUGUUGGUUAAUUAUAUGUAAUGUGAUUUCAAAAUGUUUGGUCCUCACUUGAUGACUUUGUAUUGCUGAUGUUGAAUAUGUAAGGCUUUUC